AUGAGCGACGAUGAGAGAGGCGAUCCUCUGGUGGGCCUAUUGGUCGGGAGACAUGUCUACUACUGCCACAAGUCGACCUUGGCGAACGUAUCCGGAUCGUACUUUGAAAAGCGCUUUGGACGAUUCUUUGAAGAUGAUUUUGUCCAUCGCGACGACCACUGCCAUCCCGUCUACCUAAUUGAACGAGACGGACACCUCUUUUCCUACAUUCUCAAGUAUAUCACCUCAGGACCGCUGAAUCUGCCAACCUUUUCAGAAAAUCCACAACUCUGGAGAGACCUUCGAAGCGAAUCAGACUUUUUUGCCCUCGAUGGAUUGGCGCAAGACCUGAUUGUGACGCACAAGUGUCCCUUUAACAAGCAAGGUACAGGAGUGUUUCACUGGCUGGGAACCCAAAAGGGCCAAAGCAGUUCCUACCAAAAUCCCUUCAAGUUGGAAAAUGUGCAAGUGGGGUACAUGAUGGCUCCUAGUACCGGGAGUGCUAGUAGUGGCAGGGCUGCUGCUGCCACUUUUGAACCCGUUUGGAAUAUUGACAAUGCUUGUUUGGUAGAACACCGUGUUCCCACACUAUUGAAAAGCCGACAUUUGGACAAUCUGCAUGAAAUGGCGCAUACCGUGUUAAAACCACGAGGAGGACUCCAUUAUCUUUGGUUUGAGAAUCGGACGCGCGGUAGAGGAUUGGUACGGGCACCGUGGAUCUUUGUUCUACAAGAUGGCCUUUCCCUGCAUCCAUCUCAUGUCUCGCUACGAAUUCUGAACCGACUGGCAUGUCCCAUGAAUCUGGAAGCUUCCAUGGAUGGUCUUGUGUGGGACUUUUUCCGGUUGGAAGUGGUCCCAUCGGGCAGUGGGGCCACGGCCGACCAAAUGAUGCGGGAUCUUCGAACCAUGCUAUCGACUACGCUCGAGAAUUUUCCCGAAGACGACAACGAACGAUGGUCGGCCUGUUUGGAACAAGCAACCAGUUUUGCCGAUUUGUAUCUUCGGGGGAACUACAAAGUGGUGACACCGACGCCAACAGCGACAAUCCAAUUCUACAGAUUCUUCCGCUUUGUGGGCGCCACCUCUGGAACAGACACCCAAUCCAACAUGUGCACGAGUAUCGAGUUCUUUGGGGAUGUACACGAAGACUAA